AUGUCAUUCGUACAAGAUGGCGACACUGCUCAUUUCACUCUCCACCGCAGAGAAGCAGAAGAAGAAGAAGAGGCUCACCAGUUUUACCCGCCUUCUGCGCUGUGAUUGGCUACUUAUUCGCCGGCUCUCCAGGACUGUCCAAUCAGAAGGGCGCUCGUGAGAUAAACUACUAGAGGAGGCGGGAAAAGUGGGCGGACGCGGAAAAGAAAAUAAAGUGUCACUAUCUCGCGCGUGCUUGUGAAUGUGAGGAAAUCGAGUGGCUAACCGCGAAGCUAGUUCAUUUAGCUCAGUGUAUUUCAUUUUAAUGUAAUUGUAAUUAAAGAUGGACGCGCUGGCGAUAGCGCUGGAUGAGGUGGCGUUAGAGGGUCUGGACGGUAUAACUCUGAGUUCUCUGUGGAUCAGGCUGGAGAGCCGGCAGCCUCCCUUCCCCCUGACUUUAGACGCCAUGACUCGGGAGUACGUGUGGAGAUUUCUGGUGUCCAGUGAAGAUGAAGUGUCCUUUUACCUCCUCCCUCAGGACAGACCUCCAGUCACCUUAUACGACCGGUUUCUGGAGAUCGACCCGGAGACGGGGAUUCAGGAGCUGAGGGGUGUGCCGCAGCAGAACCAGGACGUUUACCCUGCCAGUGUGGUGCAGGAGGAUCCGGGGGGCAUCCAGGGCUCCUGUCUCUACUACAGAGAGAGGAAGGACAUGAACGGCCUCAUCAGGACAGAGACACACACACCCCGAGUCUCACUGCAGGAGGCACACACACAGUGGGGGGAGAAGCUGGUGAUUGUAGCGAGUCAGCAGGUGAGAAGUCGAGCUCUGAUUGGCUGUGAGGGAAACCCAGAGCUGAAGCUGAGCGACAUGUCAUACUGUAUCUUAGAGAGAUUGGGACGAGCUCGCUGGCAGGGAGAGUUACAGAGAGACCUACACACCAUAGCAUUCAGGCUGGACUCGGGGAAGAUCCAUUACCUGCGUAAAUCUCUGGAUAAAAACGGUCUGAUCACCAUGCAGUCACACGUCGUUCGUCUGCCUUCAGGAACUCAGCAGCACUCCAUCCUGCUGCUGCUCAAACGCUUCCACAUCGACAGGAGGAGUAAAUAUGACAUCCUGAUGGAGUCGACAUCCAACAUCCUGUCUGAGCUCCCCAACAACAUCGGCAUCAUGAUCAAACUGCGGGACCAGCUGCACAUCUGUGAGCGGACAUUUAAGAGGAUGUGUCAGUACAUGCAGGCUGCUAAGAUGGUGAGUGUGAUCACACUUCCUCUACAGGAGUUAAACCCAGACGCUGGACCCUGCAAGACCAAGAGAGGUACGGACAUCCGUGUCCGCUGUUUGAAACUUUUGAAGCCGUAUAGAAGAAAUCCGAUAGAUGAUGAGGAUGAUGAUGAGAAUAACGAUGAAGAUGGGGACGUCCCCGUUAAGAGGAACGUCCAGGCUCAGGCUCGUGAUAUUGAGCGAGAUCUACUGGCUCAGGCUUAUGAGAUUGUGGUAACAACAGGACCUAAAGGAAUUUCCAAGACGGUGUUAAGGGGACGACUGAACAUUGGCAAACUGGAGAGCCGCAUGAUCUGUAGAGUCCUGGAGAGAAACCAAAUGAUUAAGGGUUUUAUGGAAGACGAGGGGAGACAGCGUACGACGAAGUUCAUCAGUAAACUUUUUGUAGAGAAAAGCAAACUCAGCCUGAACUUCACUAAAGAGAAAGAACGCAGUGAGAAACUCCGAGCACCACAGGAGGACACGCCCACUCCUGGACUGGAUAUUGAGGUAGACCCCAAAGAAGAGGAAGAGGUCCUUCCUGCCAAAGGACAAAGGCCAAAGGGCAAACCUGGCAGGAAGUCCAAAUCAGCACCAAAAAGACAACAGAAGGAAGUUAUGACAUCACCACAGAAACAUUCCACACCCCUGAGGAAGAAGCAGCCUCCGCGUACCAGAGUGAAAGGUAAGUCCUCCCAGGAGGCAGAGCUUAGUGAAGUAGAACAGAGGGAUGAUUCACUUAUGAACCCGGACGUUACUGCUGGCCACACCCCCAGCAUCAUCAACGACCAAUCCAAAAAAGGCGAGGAGAGUGCGACGGUGUUCGAGGAAUUCGACACUAAGCCAGGGGCAAGUCCAACAAAAAGAAGAAAAUUGUCAUUUCAUCAGACGUAUCGUGUACUGAAACGAAAGAACAUUAUUAUAGAAGUCGUACGCAACCUGAAGGUUAUUGAGGGGCUUUUCACGCUGCAGAAGAAGCUGAUGGACGAGGAAAAGCAGGAGGGUGUGAACACUAAAGUGUGUAAGAAAAGCAUCCUGAGGCUGACUCGCACUCUCGCUAGAGAAGGAUUCCUCAAAUUGUAUAAAACUACAGUAGUACAGGAUGGAGUUAGCAAGAAGGUUGAGUUUGUUGUUCAUCCGUCCAUCACUCCAGAUGACCCCUUAGUGAGAAGUGCUAUAGAGCAGGUCCGGUUCAAGAUUUCCAGUUCCUACACAGUGCACCGGUUGAGAAACAAUGAAGAGAAGGCGAAGGCUCUCUCUCAGGAAGUGAAUAAAGCAGGUUUUCAGGGAAAGACAGAAGAGAAGAUGGGAGUGAAGGAGAUGAAGGACUUCAAACCAAGCAUAGUCCCAGGAUUGAGUCGCUCUCUGGGUUACCAGCCAAAGAUGCCCCGUUUCCGUAUGGUCCACACGUUCCUGUGGUAUCUGAUCUACGGUCACCCUCAAAACAAAUCCCGCCCUAGUGACCCCAAUGCCUCGACUGUGACUCCUGACUCAGAGGUCACCCCCGGUGUGCAGGACAUCCCCCAGUCCCCCAGUACAGCAGUGGUGCAGGAAAGUGCUGACACAAUGGCACCUGAACACGAGCAGUUCACAGUGUAUGCUAAUGAGCUGAGUUGGAAGCGGUAUAUUCCUCCGUUGCCGGUUCACAGAGAGUUUGGGUAUGGUUGGGCUUUAACCUCCGAUGCUCUCAUCUCUCUUCCUCUCAGUGUGUAUGUGCAGAUCAUCCAGAUCAACUACAAGGUGGAUGGUUUGGAGGAGUAUCUGAAUGACCCAGUGAAGCAGCAUUACCUCAUCAGGUUCCUCCCAUCUAGCAUUAAAACACGCCUAUUGCACCGACGGAAGUACUUCUUCAAUUUCUAUGAGAACUUACAGAAGCUGUGCUACAUGGGCCUUCUACAGUUUGGGCCCACUGAGAAGUUCAUGGAUAAAGAUCAGGGCUUUUUUUUCCUGAAGAGAAAUGUGACCAUCGUGGACACGACGUUGUGUGAGCCUCACUAUAACCUGGCUAUAGAGACACGCCCGUUCGAGAGGCGUCGUUACACCUUUAACACACCUCAGGAUGUGGAGAACUACUGGUUCGAUCUGCUGUGUGUGUGUCUCAACACUCCUCUAGGUGUGAUUCGUCCUCGUAGCCGUACCGGUGAGGGAGAUGCAGAGACAGAAGAGGCGGAGCCUGACGCUACCGUGGGAACAGUCCGUUAUGACAGCCUGCAGUACACACUAAAAGGUGGCUGUGAGGUCGUGGAUGAUGGUGUAACCCCAGGCGACGGGAAGGGGGCGGGAGGAUUAGACUCCUCCUUCUUCAGUCACCUGAAACGUAACUGGAUCUGGACCACUUACCUGCUCAACAAACCCAAGAAGCCUGGAGACAGUCACGCUGUGCGUCUGAGGAACCUGCUGUCCAAACACCCCUUCCCCAAAUCUGCGUGUGCAGUGAUUCAGGGUGGUGGUCCUCUGCCUCCCCCUGCUGUUCUGGAGGAGGAGGUGCAGGUCGGAGUGGAACCAAGCUCAAGGAACCAACAGGUGCGCGGAGGAAAGAGACAAAAACGCAAGAGGCAGAAGAAGGAAAUCAUCAGGCCGCCUAAAAAGAGGAGGAAAUUGAGGAGGAAGAGCACGUGUCAGGAUGAUAUAGACCGUAAAGCUCUGAUGAGGAUGACGAGACAGAGAGUGAUGUGGACUCAUCUGGAGGACAGCAUCCUGAUGUUGUGUAGAGUUGCCAGUCACUUCCUCAACCGCAAGAUUAAGAAGCCAUUUGUGGGGUGGAACGUGGUGCGUGAUAUUCUGCACAGAGACCUGGAACUGUCUCUGGAUAAAACGUCUCUCUCAGUCAGCCGACGUUCACGCUACAUCAUGAAGAACCCGCAGACCCAACUGAACUACAGGAUUUGCCUGGCUGAAGUGUAUCAGGAUAAAGCUUUGGUUGAGGAGUUCAUGAACAGAACCAACAACUACACAGAACCGACGGUGUGUGCUAAGGAGUUUAAUGAGUUUGUGAGCGCUCUCAGGAAGAAGUUCAACUCCAGCUGUGGUUCUAGUGAGGUCGUUCUUCCAGACACCAAAGAGGAACUCUUUAACAAGUUUAAAGUUUACACUAUUGGUGAUGAGUCAGCGGGGACCAAGGAUGUGCUGAACAGUGAGGAGGAUAUUCACACUCUGGUGCUGAACAAUCUGAUCCAGAGCACACUCGUCCUCUCCAACACGCAAAUAAAGGCCUGCCAGGCUUUUCAGUCUUUCUCUCUCUACAGUAAAUAUAACCAGGAGGUCCUACAGCAGGUCUUCCUCAGCUGUAAGAAGCGAGGUCUGUUGAACCGUCGCCGAGCCAACAAGGUCCUCGGCCCCAAGAAGAGCCGAGCCGUCCCCUGCCUGCCCAUGUCCUAUCAGCUGUCUCAGCAUUACUACAGGUAUUUCUCCUGGCGUUUCCCGAGUAUGCUGUAUAAUGACGUGUAUGAUCUUCUGGAGGCUCUGGGUCAGAAAGGACCAGUGGACCGACCCAACACCUUCUCCUUCCAGAUAGAGAAAGCAAGGGAUGAGGGAGAGCAGGAGAGUGGAGGAGGAAGACGAGGAGGAGUGGAAGAUGGGGACGAGUGUCUGGCCCCCCCCGGUGACGUGGAGGACAUGCUGGUGUUCUCCAUGGACUCUGCAGGAGGAGCAGCGGUGUGCUGUCUCACAUUACUGACCCUGGGCCUGAUGAGCGUGGACGUAUCCAUACCACAGCAGAUCGUCGUGGUGGACAGCACACUGGUGGAUAACGAGGUGGUCAAGAGCAUCACUAAAGAGCUGGAUGAGGAGGAAGAGGAGGAAGGUGGAGCUCGGUUGGAGGUGAAGGCUCACCAGGCGUCUCACACUAACUACCUGCUGAUGAAGGGAUAUUUCGUCCCUGGAAUCAUCAGCCUGAGGAGCAUCACGUCUACUGAACACAUCGCAGUCAACGCCUGCAGCCUGCGCAUCCGCCUGCGCAGCACACACACACACACUCUGUUCACACCGAGCGACAGUUCAUUGUUUUCCACUCCCUCUCUUCCCUCCUCUGUCUCUCGUAUGAUUGAUCGGCAGCGUGCGAGUAGGCGGAACUUCCUGGAGGAAUGCGUGUCCAUUUUGGGUUACAGCAGUGAGGAUGUGGAGGCUGUGCAGGAGGUCAUGGUCACCGUGGAAACGGGAAAGGAGUUCGGCAUCGACCUGCAGGACUUGUACAGGGAAUGCACACACCUGCAACAGGUGGAGAAGGGGCGGAGCAAAACGCUGCAGCAGUACAUCCAGGAUCUGUUAGACUCUGAGAAGGUGUUGGAGGUGGGCGCGCUCUCUCCACGCCUGGUCUGCAUGGACUUCGCUGUUCCAUGGCUGCUGGAGUGCCCCAAAGUGUCUGAAGAGCUAUGCCCUCUCCCCCAAGAUACCACACCCACCACCACUGAGAUCACUCCAGAAGCUCCGCCCUCCUCCUCAGAUCUCACCCCUGAGGCUCUGCCUACUUCACACAAGCCACCACUAAAGAGACCGUUAGAUCAGCCGGACGAUGGUGAUGUCCCUCCUUUCAAGAGACCUGCCAAGGAGACUGUUGCUAUGGAGACCGGGGAAUCCAGUGCAGAAGAUGGCGGGGUUAAAACAUCUCCUCCGGAUCCACCCACUUCUGAUAAAGAGGAAAUGGUGCACAGUGACGAUGUGUCGACGUCGCGCAGGUGUGACAGUUUAAUUAAAGAGGAAAACGUACUGCAGACCCAAGGUGGAGAGAAUGCUGAGAGCUCAGAGGAGGAGGAUGUGUUGAGGUUUGUAGCUCGUCCGUGGCGUGUCGUGGAUGGCUCUCUGAACAGGCCUGUGUGUAAGGGGAUGUUAGAGGCCCUGCUUUUACACAUCAUGACACACCCCGGUGUUCCUGAACCGACACUACUGCAGCAUUACACCGGGGUUCUCCAGCCCAUGGUCAUCCUGGAUCUGCUAAAGGUUCUUGAAGAGUUGGGGUGUGUAAUAAAGCGUUUUACAGUUAAUCGGCCCAAAGCGUCUCUGUUUUCCAGCCCUGGCAUUCCCAAGGUGAAAGGUCACGGAGAGGUCAGUGUGAUGGAGGAUGCGGUGGCGUUUUAUGAGCCCACAGUGGACUGCAGUUUAAGAAUCUCUAAGCUCUUUCCUCAUGAGUCCAGCUGGAACAGAUGGGUGCAGCUGUGUGCACGCUGACCACAAACACGCACAUACACACACACACACACACACACACACACACACACACACACACACACACACUCAUUCAAGUCCAACAUGUUUUUAUUUAAUGUAAUUGUGUGUAUAAUCGAAGCUACUUGUGAUUUUCUGCAGCACGUAUGUAAAGACGGUUGGUUGAGUUUGUUUGCCGUGAUUAGCACUCAUCAUAUUUUUAUUUAUUCUGCUUUACGAAUGUUUCAGUGGAUUUUUUAAAUAAACAUAUUUGAAACAUU